CUCUCUCUACAUCUCUCGUUUAUAUGCUCGCAGGAGACGCUCCCCACAGCACAGACCAUCCCCACAGCUCCCUCUCUCUCUCUCCCCUCCGCCGCCGGACGCCGCCGUGAACUGCCAUGCUCCCUCCGACCCAAGCUAGCACACACUGACAGCUGAUCACCCCUGCGGUCCGUACGAACCGACGGCGACGACGACGUUCGGUCUCUUCACGAUGAGCUCCUCCCAGAAUCUACCUCCCUCGCGGUUGUCGCUCGCGCUCCUGCUCCUGCUCCUGCUGUCAUGCGCUUCCGCGCCGCGCGCUGCCGCGCAGACGGGCGGCAACACUCCGGCCGACGCCCAGGACCCGUUAGCCUACAAGCGCUUCAGCCCCUCCAUGGCCGUCAUCGUCGUGGUCCUCAUCGCCGCCCUCUUCUUCAUGGCCUUCUUCUCCAUCUACGUCCGCCACUGCAACGACGCCAACUCCUCCAGCAUCCGCCGCCCCGGCGGCGGCGGCGGGGCAGCCGGGACCGGCCGGUCGAGGCGCGGCGGCGGCCCCCGGGGCCUCGACCCGGCCGUCGUCGCGACGUUCCCGACGAUCGUGUACUCGGACGUGAAGGGACUCAAGAUCGGGAAGGGCGCGCUGGAGUGCGCGGUGUGCCUGAACGAGUUCGAGGACGACGAGACGCUCCGGCUGAUCCCGAAGUGCGACCACGUGUUCCACCCCGAGUGCGUCGACGCGUGGCUGGCCUCUCACGUGACCUGCCCAGUGUGCCGCGCGAACCUGGUGCCUCAGCCCGGCGAGGCUCCGUUCGAGCUGCCUGAGCUGACCAGCGAGCCGGAGCUCGCCGGAGAGGACGAAGAGAACCGGAACCGGGACGGGGAUCUGGAGCGAGCGAUCGCGACGUUGGAGCGCGAAGACGACGAAGCCGAAGUCGCGGCGGACCGUCAAGCGGCUGAGCCGCCACCCGACGUGGUGGAUCUGAACAAGACGCUAAACCGGAACCGUACGCGCACGGGGUCGCGAUCGAGCAGGAUGGCGCGGAGGCUCUUCUUCCCACGGUCUCACUCGACGGGCCACUCGCUUGUCCAACCGGGCGAGGACACGGAGCGGUUCACGCUGAGGUUGCCGGUCGAGGUGAGGAAGCAGAUCGUGAACCGGCAGCUUACCCGGGCGAUGAGCAUGGUGGUGUUGCCCAGGGAAAGCAGCUCGCGGCGAGGCUAUCGGGCCGGUGCCGGGGAAGGGAGCAGCAGGUUCGGCAGGUACUUCAGCUUCCGGCGGUUGGACCGGUCCGACCGAUCCGAGCGCGGAGCUAAGUCGGACCGGUGGUUCUUCGGGAGAGUCACGCCGCUGUUCUCGAGAGCACCAUCGUUGAGGUCGCCGAGGGUGGCGGCAGCCCGUGACGACGGAGGAAGCUUGGGUUCCCAGUGGGGCGGGACGGAGGCGGCUACAUCAAACGGUGAACCACCUCGCCCGCCGGUUUAAUUGCCACUGAGCUCCAUUCUUUUUUCCUCCGCCGGAGCUGCAACGUUGAUGGCUUUGUCAACUUGUAAAAUGCAGAUUCUUUAUUUAUUUUUUCUUUUUUUUGCCUUUUUAUUUUUUCUUGUACUUUAUUUUCCUUUUUUUUUGUUUCAUUUUAUGUUCUUUACUUAGCGCCCGUGAAAUCGGGUGUAUGGCCAACUGCCGAGUUAAUGAAAAGAAAGACUAGGGUUUCCUCGCAAGCAUGUGACGUUGAUACAGUUGUGCUUGAGCUUGAA